AUGUAUGUCACCCCCUCAACAGUCUCCCCCUGUUCUCACCGCCUAUCUCCCAUCAAACUUCCUAUUAUACAACCAAGCCACAAAAAUUCCACUCCCCCUAGUCAAGCCAAGUCUAAAUCUUUAGGUGACUUGACUUCUGAGGACAUCUCAUGCAACUUCAAGGGGAAAUAUCACAUCAUCAGCCGUAGUUUUAUCACUCCAAAACAAAAUCGGACUGGCGUCAGAAAUGCUGACCAUUUACCAACGCAGUCAAGUGACCCACUAACAGAACAACUUCGCAAACUGGUCACUCUUGAAGGAGAUGAGGGUGGUAGGAAUGGACUAGACUCACCAAACCACCAGCAGAGAAAUUCGCCAUUGUUCCAUCGUGAAACAAGUCCAAUGAACGUUGAUGAAUCUCCGCCAUUACUAACCCGUCGGUUGUCUUCUCGUAGCCAAAGCCGAGUGCGUAAUAUCAAUAACCGUGCCCGUGAAAGGCAACAGGAGGCUUCAAGGGCGCGGGGAGGUGAACAUCAAAACAGUGCUGCCACUAGUAUAGGUGGUGUGGUCUUACGAAAUAAAGGGUCUAUGUUGAACCCACCAGCCAACCGACACUCCACCGGGUCGUACAUAGCCGGUUACCUCAGUCAGAUGGAGGACAGAGGGCUUCCUGAAGGAGCUUGUACAUCUUUGCGUUAUGGGAAUGAUCAUUAUAGGGAUCGCUACUACACAGAUGAUACUCUGAUACCACCUAGUACUGCAGAGUCUGUGUCUGAACCCGAGGUGUACUUUCUCCUUCGACUAUAGGUUUUUAGACUAAAUGUCUUCAAUGUAUGUAAGCUUUCUUCUUGGCCAAGCCAGAGGACAAGGUAUUCAGUAUAACUAAGCAUCUCCAAGUUUCACUGUUUGAAAUUGAGCCGUUUGUCUGUUUAGUAAAUAAUGGUAAAUCUAAGUCUGAUAAUGUAUUGUUAAUAUUUCUGCUAAAUGUAUAAAUGUGCUUGGCACUCCCAAACUGAUUGUACAGAUCGGUCUCUGUGAUUUACUGUCUAACAUGUGUAUAUUGUUAAUGAAGCAAAAAAAGAA